AUGGAUUCUACAAACAGUUUUUCUAAAGUUUUUCAUUCAGCACUUAUUAUUAAGCCUCCUUAAGAUAAGUGGAACCAAAUCUAAGAAAUAAGAAAAAUCCAUGAUAAAGCUUACGAAAGGUGGAUGCCUCAUAUUAAUAUGAGUUUCCCAUUCGUACAACCUGAGAAAUUUUCAGAUGCAGCAAAAUUGCUUCAAUAAGAAUUUUAAGAUUUUGAAGAAUUCGAAAUAGAAUUUAAAGUUUUUGACAAUUUCACUCACGGAAAGUCAUCUGUGUUAUACUUGAAACCCUAAGUUAACGAAAACCAGCUCCAAUUAGCUUAAUAAAAAAUCUAAAAAGUUUUUCCAUUUUUAGAUGAUCUUUCAAAAAAAGGAGAAGGAGGUUUUGCUCCACACUUAACUUGUGGAUAGUUUUCAUCUAACUAAAUAGAAAAAGUUAAAAAAUAAUACUAAGAAAAAUAUGCACCAAUUAAAUUCACAUGUAGUGAGUUAUGUUUAAUUACAAGAGAUGGAUAAGAUGCUCCUUUUAUUGUUAAAGAGGUAGUUACUUUAAAAAAGAAAUAAAUUAAAUAAGAUAUAAGUGAUGAUUUUUGA